AUCGGGUUGUGUUAUUCUUUGGCCGUGGAAUACAUUGUGAUAUUUAAUUUUGGCCUAGCCAGUCUAGGAUCUCCAAAUUAUCAAUUCCAAUAGUUCUGGAAAAGAUAAAUAUAGGGCGAAUACAUACUUAUUCAUGUCGGUAAAUGAUAUCCCUCGGAAUUCUUUUAACGGGAUGCAGAAGACGAGUAUUGUUCCAUCAGCGCCUCCCGCGUAUUCGGGUCCUGGUACUUCGAAUACAGGAUAUACAUACACAGGUUCCCCGGGAAUUGGUACAGCAGACGAUAUUCAAGAUUUAAACUCCCCUCCCGCUUACGAUGAAUUGUUUGCCGGGAGAACUCCACACGUGGCACUGGGAGGGAAAUCCAACCCAUACAACAAGGACGACAGAAAUGCCUGGGAAAUUAUCCACGAAUGGUUUGAGUUAUCUAUUCUCCAACAAAUCAUAUGACUCGGAGCGCUAGCCCUCUCUAUUUCGUAUAUCUAUUAUGGUGUGGCAUUUAGUGGGAAAUGCUACUGGAAAACCUCUGACGAUGAUGGGAAACUUGUGCAAGAGGAAAGCCUAACCUCCUUUAUACAAAUAGAGGGUGGAGUCGCGUGUGCUUUCGUUAUGUAUAUUUUCAUUUGGCGGUUGUGGUUUUUCUGUCAAACUCGCAGGUCCAACCGUGUAACCAAAGCAGAUAUGGAGGGCCAGAAGAAAUGCGGAGGGCAUCUCUUUUUCUUCAGCAUAGGGCCAUUUUGGGCUAACUUUGGUUUGAGUGUUACAGGAGCAAUAAAAAUAUUUAACCUGUAUGACAGCAAGGACGGGAAUAAUUACACCGUUGAGUGUGAUCCAGAUUUCUACAGGUUCUACCAUGACAGCAAAAUAGGUCAUCUGGCUGUUCUGGUGCCAUAUGUCGCUUAUGUUCUCAUAGGCUUCUUCAUCAUGAUUCCUAUCCAAAAAGAAUGGUCGUUUCGCCGGAAGUUACGUCAGUGGGUUAGAAUCCUUGAUGCUGACCAUGACGGCAUCAUCAGUCCAGGGGACAUGGAAAAAACCAACGCCAAGCUGGAACAAAUUCGCAGACUUGUCGGGGAUAGACGUUCACCACUGUCAACAGAAGACCAGAAGAAAUGGUGGAACAACCACAUUUUUAAAACCGGACCCGGAAAACCUAUACAAUUGGUUGAUUACAUUUCCUAUUUAGAGGGAGUAGAGCUGUCUAUCAAAAAUCCAUCCGAAAAUUUCAAGAAAAUGAAACCGGUCAUCACACAAUUUUUCAACUUCUUCUCAACAGAUGGCUAUCGCAAGAAAAACCACAUUAUUAGUGAAGAUGACUUUGUUAGCUUCUGGAGUAUUCUCGCAGACGUCGAUGAGCAACACUGUAGGAAGAUGUUCUGCAAACAUUUCCCAACACCCGUAACAAUGGCGUCUCUCUUGGAAGACUUCACGGCUUUUGUUUCUCAUGUCGAUUUUUGGGAUGAAUAUAGCAAUAGGGUCUUCAAUAUUCUUAAAUUCCGCCACUCGGGUUGUUUCUGCAAAGUACAUGUAUAGUUUGGUGUAAGACUAAUGAUGAGAUUCGAUACAUGAAAUGUAUUCCCCGUUAUUGCUCUUUGUGCAUGUACACUUUUGGCACUUCAUAAAGCGCUAUGGUCUCAAACUACCAGGAAAUGGAGGAAAAUUCGCCUUCAGAAGCCCAUGUUUUAAUUUUCAGAUUUUAUUACCAUGGCAACCAAUUUUCAAAAAUAAUGUGUAUGGUUCUUGAAAGUACACAUGUGAAAGAUUUUAAAGGUCCAUCAUGACAUCUGCUGCUAGCCUGGAAAUGGGUCGAGAUACACUCAGGCACCUGCCAUCCUGGAAGUAAAAAAUCAACAAAAAUGAGGAAAAUACACCCAUUUUCAACCCCUCCUAAUUCCAAAAAAAAAAAUUCCCAGUAUGAUGACAGAUAUCAACUUUCAGCAAAACGCCUAACCUUUCCAACAAGGCCAAAUUUGCAAUAGGGUCCUUGAUUCCUUUUCGAGAUAUUUUACAUCAAAGAUGCAGCAUGCUCUUUUCAAAUUACCGUUUAAAGUGAAAAUAGAAUUGCCCGCCUAGAAGUCAAACUAUCAUACAUCUCACAGUCACAGUUUUGAAUCCAAUAAAAAGGCACUGAAUCAAUGUAGAAUGGUCACCUCCCUAUAUUAAUACAGAUAUCAAUAACAAUGAAACUAUUUAAAUUCUAUAAAAUACUUUUUUAACAUAUUUACAUUUUAACCCUGGUCACUUUAGCUUCGUAUUGGCAAUUCGCCAGGUAUAUUGAGACCCCAUCCCAGAAAUAAAUUAUGUUUGUCUGAAUACAUGUUAUGAAUGUCUAUUUCUUUACAAAAAUAUAAACCUGUUUUUAGGAAAGUCAAUUUAGGAAGAAAUUAAAAUGAUUGAGUUAAGAUCAUUUUCUGAAGUAAGCAUGGCUUCUUGACAUCAUAGACAGUUGAUUCUUCAACAAAAAUGGAAAACAGAAAUAUUCAUAUCUAGUGAUCUGUCAUCCAAAAAAAUAUUUUGCUAAACACUACUCUGAUUCCACACACAAGUACUCUGAAUUGAAAUAAAAAUAUGCUAGAGUUCCUC